AUGGCAACGGCUGAUGCUCACUUAAAUGUCGAGGACAAUGAAGAUGAUUCAACAACAAAUGACGGUUCUGCAAAAUCAGACGUUCAUGAAACAACAAUAUUUGCAAUGUCAGUUGAAACACAACCUAAAUCAAGUCUUGCAUUGGCAAGUGAAAAUGUUGUGAGUGAUCAUUCUAGUGGUGUGAGUAAAGACUUGUUCCUAAGAAUACCUGAUGUGGAUUCAGUUUCUCACCUAAGUUCGCGAAAGAACACUAAUAAAGAGAAGUCUGUAGCAUCUUGUGUUGCUGAAGAAAUGUCAACAAACACACAUGUAAUGACCACAAGAUCAAAAGUGAAACAAAAGAAAUCAACUGUUUUAACUCGGGAUUGUUUGUCAAGAAAUUCAAAGAGAAGAAGCUUGAAAACGUUUCGUAGUGCAAGUUAUCGAUCAACAUCUGUUGUCCAGUCACAAAAAUCAGCUCUUAACUUGACACUGGAAAAGGAGUGGCAAGAACUCCUGCAACAACAACAAGUUGAGGAAGAAGAAAUAAGAAAAGAAAAACAACGUCAAGAAGAAGAAUUAAGAAAAGAAAAACAACGUCAAGAAGAAGAACUGAGGCACGAAAGACAACGUCAAGAGGAAGAAAUUAGAAUUGAAAACCAACAUAAGCGAGAAGCAUUUAUGCGUCGUCGCCAGGAAAUACAACAAAAAAGAAAGAUCGAAAACGUUACAUUCAAUCGACGUAAACAAAGAACCCUGCAAGAAAUCGAAGACAGAAGUCGAAGAGAACUGCUGGGAUUGGACAUGGACUUUAAUGAAACUUUAGCAGAAAGUGGAAUAUUUGUUAAUAAAUCCCCAUCUGCUGUUAUUGCUAAUGAUACUACUAAUCAACAAUCGACACAAAAUUCUGUAACUACACCAUCAGAACCUGAACCCGAUGUACAAAAUGCACCUGUAAUGUUACCUGUAACAACUGCACAAUUUUCACAAUCGCAGAUCACACAAGUCACCAGAACGAAUAUGUUGAGUACCAUGAGUAGGAGGAGGACAAUCGCCGGGGAAAAUGGUGAGUCGGUUAUUCCUGCCUCUAAAAUUGAAAUUUGCAAUCCACAAAAUGUUAGUGUGACUAUGGGUGGUGAUGUUGCAGUUGAGAAUGUGUCUCAUGUGCCCGAAAAAAUAUUUGUAUUACUGGGUCAUUGA